AGGGGGACUUCAGCAGCCACUUUCCUCGGGAACAGACAAAGCUGUGGAAGAUGACGCCUCUCUGUCUCUCUCUCCACAUGUAUAUACUGGGAACUUGAAAUGAGGUCUCUUCUCUGACGUUGUCCAUUUGUCUCCCUUCUGUGCAAACACUUCUGCUUGUCCUGAGCAAGAUUCUUCACUCGGAGAACAAAAACACGAAAAGGUUAUUCUCUUGGUGUUCUGGGUUAAAGAAUUUGCUUAGUUGUUUUCUUCCCCGAAGACCCAUUUUGGCAGAAAAGAAAAAAAUGGUCUUGGUUAUUGGGACGAGCAGAGCAUGUACUCUCCUCUCGGAGAGCUGUUCUUGGACUUCUCUUCUGGCUGUAUGCUUCUACACGUCUAAAAAGGAGGGCUCUUGCUAACAUUAUCUGAUCAAGGAAAAAUCAGUCCCUUUGAAUGGGGAGUGGUACUGUGGUGGAGGAGACACUCUCUAAGUCUUAUUUCAAGUGUUAAUUAUGAUAAUAGAGCUGCAUUCCAGCUUAAUUCUCUUGAAUGAGAAGAGUUUCUGAUCUUUGGUGCCUUUGGCUUCCAAGUCCACUCUGAAGUGUGCAUAGAACUUAUGAAGUCGGUUCAUAGAGUAUCAAGUGUUAUUCCACAAAUAGAGGCAGCUCGACCUCGCUCGUCUGCAAUGCUUGCACUUUCCUCUUUAACUUGUGAAAUCGAAAAAGCCAAGCAACUCCUCCACUACUGCAGUGAAUCUAGCAAACUCUACCUGGCAUUAACCAGUGAUGCAAUAGCCAGGAGAUGUCAAAGAUCAAGAAAUCUAUUGGAGCGCAGUUUAGACGUAGUUCGUAAUUCGGUUCCAGUCUUGUUGGCUAUCGAGAUAUGUCACAUAGUUGACGAGCUUAGAAAUGCAAAGUUUAUCUUGGAUCCUUCUGAAGUGGAGGCUGGAAAGGUCCUUCGUGAAUCUUUAAGGCCACAUUUAUCCAUAACUGUUCCGACAGAGAGAUUGGAUAUUGGAGCGCUUAAAUUUGCUGCUUCAAAGCUUCAUAUCAUGUCUCGAAGAGAUAUCGUAAUAGAGAAAAGAUCAAUCAAGAAUCUUCUCAGAAAAGUUGGUGACGGAAACCCGGCAAAGAAAGAGAGGUUGAAAUUCUUAUUUUAUCUCUUGGAUAAGUACGGAAAUUCCAUUGUGACAGAGCAACAAGAGAAUGCUAUCCUUAGUGGUGAUAAAACAAGUGAAUUUCAAACCUCCAGAUCCAGUAAUGAUGCUAAAGCUGAUGUUGUCCCUCCUGAUAAAUUCAAAUGCCCUUUGUCCCUGAGAUUGAUGUACGAUCCCGUCACCAUUGCUUCUGGAGUGACAUUUGAAAGGAUGUGGAUCCAGAGGUGGUUCGACGAGGGUUACGAUACAUGUCCCAAAACAAAGGAAAAGCUGUCACAUCAGUCAUUGGCACCGGACAGUUUCCUGAAACAUGAGAUAUCAAAGUGGUGUGUAGAAUACGGAAUUAGAAAUAUUGACCCAAGCAGAGGAGCAGAAACCCUUUGCUCAUCGGAAUCUUCAAUGUCCAUCAAUAGCCUUGGCAGUCUUGCUCAUGGAUAUGGAGAUUCCAUCUACAAUCCCGACCCUUCGAAUGGUAAAGUUCUAAAUGACCUAAGUUCAAACUCUAUUCAGAGUGAUGACAGUGAUCAAAGAUGCGAGACUUCUACACUGAGGACCUUGAGAUCUUUAGCAUUACUGCCUAAACUCAAGGAACUUAAAUGGGAGUCCCAAUGCGAUGUUGUCGAAGACACAAAAAACUAUUUGGAUCGUGAUGAUCAAGCUCUUGGGUCAGCAACAUUUGAGAAUUUUCUUACACUGCUUGUACAGUUUCUUGUAGACGCCCAUGACCAAGGUGACCUAAAAGCUCAAAGGACUGGGUCACAGUUGUUGCUGACAUAUGUCAGCAAAAAUAGAUACGAAGCGACUUGUUUCGACAAAGGUGCAUUCUCUCUGUUGAUAUCAUUGCUCGACUCAGAAGUGUCUGAACAAGUUCUUGCCACGCUAGAAGUCUUGUCUGCUCAUGAAAACUGCAGACCUGAGAUUGCCGCAUCGGGUAUUCUUGGCCCCAUCUUUAAAAUCCUUGGCUCUCAGAACAGAAUUCUUCAGGAAUCUGCACUUAAGAUCCUCAACAAUCUGUCACAUGAUUGCUACGUCUGUCAGCAUCUUAUAUAUUUAGGAUGCAUCCCAAAGAUGAUUCCAUUUCUUCAAAGUUCCCCUUUUACGAAGCUUGCCCUGACAAUCCUGAAAAAUUUGUGCAAUAGCGAAGAGGCAAGCGCUUCCAUUGCGGAGACUGAUAAAUGCAUUGCUUCUGUUGCUGAAUUUCUAGAGUCUGCAAGCAGUGAAGACCAAGAAUAUGCAGUGGCCAUUCUCCACUCGGUAUGCCACGAACAAGUUCGAUACUGUAAGUUGGUCCUGGAGGAAAGUUUUGCAGUUUAUCCUGCUCUAAUCAACAUAAAGACGAACGGGAGUGACAAGGCAAAGGCGAGUGCUUCCGAGCUGCUAAGGCUUUUCCAAGUUAUCGAACACGAUGGCUUGUGACCUGAGGCAUUCUAUGCCUCUUGAAAGGAAGAUAUAUUCAUUUUAGAAGAACUAAUUUCUCGAGUGACCAGGGUGAAAUUUAAAGGCGCAUCCUGGGGACUCUGCUUUUUGACUGUGCAGUGGUAGAUAAUCUCCAUCAACAGAAGAUAGCAUAGAAUCUUCUCAAAGAAAGAGUUCUCAUCCCGGCGAGAUUCCGCAUCGCUAGGGAUGGAUUCUUUGGCAAAUUUUGCUUAGGCCAGGUCCUGACAGUAGGCUUCGUUUUUCCUCUUUGUUCUUGGGUUUCAAGCUAUUUUGAUAGUGUCCAUGUAUAUAGGAAUCUACAUUGUCUCUGCUUCAGUUUUCUCAAGCCAUGAACUCAGUGGCGUUUGUACAGUUUUGAGUUGUUAUUGGCCUUGAAGCUGAUCGCAGUCAUCGGAUGCGGAACUUGUUGCGACGCAUGCAAACUAAAAUGUCCUAGGUUCUUCCUAUUAGAAAGUUACAGCAAGUUUUUUGCA